AACAAAAAGAAAAGAAAUCAUGAAGGCUGCAGGCUCAUUGAGUAUGGUUGUGUGCUUGUUCUUGGUGGUAGGUGUUUGGGUGGUUGUGGUUCCCCCGGCAAAAGGAGACACGACGCCCAGCCAAUGCAAGGAGGAGAAGGACCUUCUUAUGGGUGCAUGCAAGAACGCGAUUAUAAUAGGGGGCAGUCCCUCUGCAUAUUGCUGCCAACGUGUUAGGGUGACACAUUUCGAGUGUGUGUGCCCUUAUGUCACCCCCAAGGUGGCCACCUCGAUACCUAUCGGCCGUACGAUUAAGCAGAUUGAAUCAUUGAAGGCUGUGGAAGAAGCGUCCCUCGCAACUUCAAGUGCGGCAGUAUCACCACCCCACCAUAAGAAGAAUAUUCUAGCCAGCUACAAGAAUAUAUUGUUAUGCUUGAUUAUCAAAUAA